GGGCGCCCGGAGACGCGGCUGGGGCCCGCGCGGCCGGGGCGCCGUCCCAGGGCAGGGCUGCCCGGCCCCUGCCCCGGGCCGCCCGCGCUCCCCAUGAAAAACCAGCUCCGCGGCCCCCCAGCGCGGGCGCACAUGUCGGCCUCGGGGGCGUCGGCUGCUGGGGACACCGGGGCGGGGUCGGAGCCCGGUGCGGGGUCCGUGUCCGGCGCUAGCACCGGCGCGGGAGCGGCGACGGGUGCGGGGGCCAUGCCCUGCAAGAGCGCCGAGUGGCUGCAGGAGGAGCUGGAGGCGCGCGGCGGCGCGUCCCUGCUGCUGCUCGACUGCCGGCCGCACGAGCUCUUCGAGUCGUCGCACAUCGAGACGGCCAUCAACCUGGCCAUCCCGGGCCUCAUGCUGCGCCGCCUGCGCAAGGGCAACCUGCCCAUCCGCUCCAUCAUCCCCAACCACGCCGACAAGGAGCGCUUCGCCACGCGCUGCAAGGCGGCCACCGUGCUGCUCUACGACGAGGCCACGGCCGAGUGGCAGCCCGAGCCCGGCGCUCCCGCCUCGGUGCUUGGCCUGCUCCUGCAAAAGCUACGCGACGACGGCUGCCAGGCCUACUACCUCCAAGGUGGUUUCAACAAGUUCCAGACAGAGUAUUCAGAGCAUUGCGAGACCAACGUGGACAGCUCGUCCUCACCAAGUGGCUCACCACCCACCUCAGUGCUGGGCCUGGGGGGCCUGCGGAUCAGCUCUGACUGCUCAGAUGGGGAGUCAGACCGAGAGCUGCCCAGCAGUGCCACUGAGUCGGACGGCAGCCCUGUGCCAUCCAGCCAACCAGCCUUCCCCGUCCAGAUCCUGCCCUACCUCUACCUCGGCUGCGCCAAGGACUCCACUAACCUGGACGUGCUCGGCAAGUACGGCAUCAAGUAUAUCCUCAAUGUCACGCCUAACCUGCCCAACGCCUUUGAGCACGGUGGCGAGUUCACCUAUAAGCAGAUCCCCAUCUCUGACCACUGGAGCCAGAACCUCUCCCAGUUCUUCCCCGAGGCCAUCAGCUUCAUUGACGAGGCCCGCUCCAAGAAGUGUGGUGUCCUGGUGCACUGCCUGGCAGGGAUCAGCCGCUCGGUGACGGUCACCGUGGCCUACCUGAUGCAGAAGAUGAACCUGUCGCUCAAUGACGCCUACGACUUCGUCAAGAGGAAAAAGUCCAACAUCUCGCCCAACUUCAACUUUAUGGGGCAGCUGCUGGAUUUCGAGCGGACGCUGGGGCUGAGCAGCCCGUGUGACAACCACGCCCCCAGUGAGCAGCUCUACUUCUCCACGCCCGCCAACCACAACCUGUUCCCGCUCAACACCCUUGAGUCCACGUGAGGCUGGGGCACAGGUGGCGGGGGCCGGCCCCUCCCGACCCCCCCCCCCCCCCCCACCCCCCGCCCCGGGCCAGGUGGGCGGCCCACUCCUGCUAUGUCCAGCCGGAACCCAGACAGCCUCGGACGUGGCCGGUGCCUCGAGGCCCCAGGUGGGCAGGCGGCCGAGCUGCCCUCGCUGCCCUCACCGCCCCGGGGCGGGCGGACCCCACAGCAGGGCCUCCCUCUGCAGGACUUUCUGGAGAGGCCCUGAGCUCUGGGACACAUGGCCUCGGGAGGCCAGCACGCUCUCAUCCUUGUCCCAGGACACUCCAUCAGCAGAUGGGCCAGCCAGUUUGGCUGUUUUUUAAAGACACAUCCACGGACCUGAGUUUACUUUUUACUUUUGGCAGGUGAAUCCAAGCUCCCUGGAGCACGGCAAGUGUUCAAGCUCUUCUUGAUUUUUCUUUUUUAAUGAAAAGUGUUAUUAUCAGGCUACAUGCAACAGUGGAUUGUAUAAACCAGUAUUUCAUCCCUUCCUUGAUCCUCUGAGAGAGAAAGAGAAGUGUUCUCGGUUUUAUUUUUCUUCCUAUUUCAAAAAGCAAUUAUUGGUUUUUUGGUUUUUGUUUUUAAUGGAAAAGACAAACCCCGUGUUGAUCUUGACCAAAUGCGUUUUGCACAUGUGUGAAGCCUCCCGUUUCUGCAGCAGUAGGCCCUUCUCGAAGGGGUGGCUUGCUGCUCCCUUGGUGUCAGACCCCCCCCCUCCAGUCGUGCCCACGUCUCUUGGCCCAGCCCCCAUGGCACUGCACUCGCCCGUGACGACCUCUGCAAGUCGUGAUGGGUGGGCUGCCGGGUGGCCUCUGCAUUCUCGGCCCUCCAGCAGCCCCUGCAGACUCCCGGAGGCAGGAGAUGGGAGGCCGUGCGGCAGGCCGGCUGGAGCUGGGGCUGCAGGGGACUGUCAAGCAGUAGCAUUAGCCCUCUGGGCUCAGCCCGUGGGAGGGUCUGAGCCCGGGCCCGCUCUAUAGUACCCACUACUUCUGUGUGUCUCUCUCUCCCUCUCUCUCUCUCUCUCUCUCUCUCUCUCUCUCUCUCUCGUUCUCUCCGCCCCCCCCGCCAUUCGUUUGUGACUGAGAGUGGAGGCCCAGCGGCUGGGGGAAGCCUAGGUGGUGGAGGCCCAGCCCCGCCUCCUAGUUUCUGUCCCUCACCCUGGCUGUUGCUUCGGUCCAGCUGCCACCCCGUGUCCCGUGGAAGCUGGCCCUGCGCUCAUCUUGCCCAUGCCUUCUACUACCAGGACACUCGCACCCGUCUCAAUCCCAGGGCAGGGGCAGAAGGGGCGAGGAUGGACAAGAGAAAGGGGUGUGGGGCUCUGUCCACCCCCCUCCCAGGAUCCACAGAACAAAGCCACGGAUUCCGUUACCCUCCUCCAGUUUUGUUCCUUCUCCAGCCUCAGUCCCACCAGGUGUCAUGACUGCACAGGGGCCCAGGGAGAGGUGAGUGGUCAGGCCGGGGCCCCUGAGCGAGUCCGCACUUGGCAUGCGAGCGAGGCCAUGGAAACUCUGCCCCACCGCGUCUUACCUCACGGGGCGGUUUUCAGGGAUUCUUAAAGGCAGCAGAUUAAAAUCUUGCCACAGUCGAGAAAUUGACAAAAAGCUUCCAUGCCGUACAUGGUUCUUUCUCUUUUUUACUUUUAAAAAGAAAAACCCAGAAAGAUGCAUCAGACUUGUGUAAAUGAGAGUAUGCCAAGAGGGUGGCCAGUUUUGCUUUAUGAUCUUAUGAAGGAAAAUUUGUGACCCUACAUAUAUAUACACACACACAUACAUAUAUAUAUCCCGAACCAGCAACGGGACUUUGUUUAUAUUGCAAAUAAAUAUUAUUUUUUCUUUAAAACAA